AGCAAGUGUAGGGCCAUUAAUUCGCGGAAUGUGAUUUGAAUUUUUCUGGAGCUAAGUGCAACAAGCAGAAAUUAGCCUCGAUUGAUGGUCAUGUGUCGCGAUGGUCACAGUGCCUCUGGUCUAUGAUGGAUAUUUCAAUUUGAAGAGCAACGCGACACGUGCAGCAGAGUGAAGCAGCAAUUUAGACUUAUGUGUGCUCGAUUGAAUGCAAUAAAAUGUUAACGACACAUCAUCUGCAUCAUCUGCAUCAUCAUCGUGGCAGCACGGCGCUGGAAUUGGAUAAGAUUACCAAUUUAAAUACACUCAUCGUGGAGAUCAAUAGCCAUGUGGCGCUCUUCCGUGAUAUGCUGAUCCAUGUGGGACAAGCCAAAGACUGCCCGGAGCUGAGGGAGAAAAUACGAAAGCUGCGGCGCACCUGUAUUGAAGCAUUCAAGCACACGGCGCAGAUUCUAAUGCCCCAGGUCAAGAGCGCCAUGGCCGAUGGCAUUCUCACCGACAACCCGCAUCUGGUGCUGCUCUUUUAUAUGGCGCAGCUAUUUCUACGUGAACUUGUGAAAAGUUAUCGUCUCAUUCAAGUCGUGCCAAUGGAUAUGUCUGGCUAUUAUGAGAACCGAGCUGGUCCCUCCAAUCUGGGCAACGUUAUAAGCCAAAUACUGCUGUGCAAACAAAUUACGCCCGACUUCAAUGAGGAGGAAUUAUGCAGCAUUACGAAAGACUCGCAAGACAUAGCCAUGCUGCUCUCCGAGAUGCAGGAGUAUAUGCCACAACAUGAAGCAUAUUUGGAACGCAACGCUGCUCUGGAUACGAAUGGACCCUGGCCGGCCAAGCGACGUCAGAAUUAUAUAUGCAAGAACAUGAGCUUGCUCUGUUGUGUCUCCAGGCCCAAUUAUCUCUGAGAGCAGGCUGAAAAUGUUUAGUGGAAGACAACGCACACUAAACAAUCUGAAAUCAACUCGAAUAUGGCCACACACACAGACUCAUACUCAUACUACUUAUAUCAAUUACUAGCGCCUAAGACCUACAUAAAAACAAAUCUCAAUCAGUUCGCUACUUAAAUCCACGUCUCGACUC